AUGAUUGUGGCGGCGGUAGCCAUGGUCAUUCCGUGGCUGAUCUGUGUUUGGACUGAAAACCCUCGGUCUGGGGCUCAGUACGAUGGUACGAAGACAGAAUGUGAAACCAGCCAGUUUCAGUGUGGAAACGGUCGCUGCAUCCCGUCCGUCUGGCAGUGCGACGGCGACGAGGACUGCACCGACGGCAGCGAUGAGAACUCCUGCGUGAAAAAGACGUGUGCGGAGGUGGACUUCGUGUGUCGUAAUGGACAGUGUGUCCCCAAGAGGUGGCACUGCGACGGCGAACCCGACUGCGAGGACGGAUCCGACGAGAGCAUGGAGAUCUGCCACAUGAGGACGUGUCGUAUGAAUGAGUUCAGCUGUGGCGCCGGCUCCACCCAGUGCAUCCCCGUUUUCUGGAAAUGCGACGGAGAAAAGGACUGCGACAGCGGCGAAGACGAGCUCAACUGUGGUAACAUCACAUGUGCUCCCAAUGAGUUCACGUGCGCCAGCGGCCGUUGCAUCUCCCGUAACUUCGUGUGUAACGGCGAGGACGACUGCGGUGACGGUUCUGAUGAAGUGGAGUGUGCGCCGUCGUCCUGCGGUCCCAGCGAGUUCCAGUGUGGAAACUCCACCUGCAUCCCAGCCAGCUGGGUGUGUGACGACGACGUGGACUGUCAGGACCAAUCAGAUGAGUCUCCGUCUCGUUGCGGCCGCCACCCGACACCACCGGCUAAAUGUUCGUCCAGUGAGAUGCAGUGUCUGUCAGGAGAAUGUAUUCACAAGAAGUGGAGAUGUGACGGAGACCCUGACUGUAAGGACGGCAGCGACGAAGCCAACUGUCCUGUUCGUACCUGUGGACCGGACCAGUUUAAGUGUGAAGAUGGAAACUGUAUCCUGGGCAGCAGACAGUGCAACGGCAUCCGAGACUGCACCGACGGCUCCGACGAAGUCAACUGUAAAAACUUGACCCAGUGUAACGGACCAGACAAGUUCAAGUGUCGCAGCGGGGAAUGCAUCGAGAUGAGCAAAGUGUGCAACAAGGCCCGGGACUGUCCCGACUGGAGCGACGAGCCCAUCAAGGAAUGCAAUCUGAACGAGUGUUUGCUGAACAACGGCGGCUGCUCCCACAUCUGCAGAGACAUGGUGAUCGGCUUCGAGUGCGACUGUACGCCUGGUCUGCAGCUCAUCGACCACAAGACCUGUGGAGAUAUCAACGAGUGUCUGAACCCCGGCAUCUGCAGCCAGAUCUGCAUCAACCUGAAGGGAGGCUACAAAUGUGAAUGUCACAACGGCUACCAGAUGGACCCCACCACAGGAGUCUGCAAAGCUGUGGGUAAAGAACCCUGUCUGAUCUUCACCAAUCGGCGGGACAUCCGUCGUCUGGGUCUGGAGAGGAAGGAGUACACUCAGAUCGUGGAACAGCAAAGGAACACGGUGGCUCUGGACGCAGACUUUAACCAGCAGCUGGUGUUCUGGGCCGACCUGGGUCAAAAAGCCAUUUACAGCACCGUUCUGGACAAACGAGGCGACGGCGGAGACACGGGCACGUACAGCAAAGUGAUUGACAACGUCCAGACCCCUGUGGGCAUCGCUGUGGACUGGAUCUAUAAGAACCUGUACUGGUCCGACCUGGCCACCAAAACCAUCUCUGUGUCCAACUUCAACGGCACCAAACAGAAGGUUCUGUUCAACCGAGGCCUCAAAGAACCCGCCUCCAUCGCUGUGGAUCCGUUGUCAGGGUUCCUGUACUGGUCCGACUGGGGCGAACCGGCCAAAAUAGAGAAAUCUGGAAUGAACGGAGUGGACAGACAGGUUCUGGUGGCGACCGACAUCCAGUGGCCCAACGGAAUCACUCUAGAUCUGAUCAAAGGGAGGCUGUACUGGGUCGACUCCAAACUGCACAUGCUCUGUAGCGUCGACCUGAACGGAGACAACAGGAAGAAGGUGCUCCAGUCUUCGGAUUACCUGGCUCAUCCCUUCGCUCUCACCGUUUUUGAGGAUCGAGUCUUCUGGACCGACGGCGAGAACGAGGCCAUUUACGGGGCAAAUAAAUUCACAGGCUCCGACGUGGUGACGCUGGCCAGUAACCUGAACGACCCCCAGGACAUCAUCGUGUACCACGAGCUCAUCCAGCUGUCAGGUACUAACUGGUGCGCAGAGAAAGGUCCAAACGGAGGCUGCAGCUACAUGUGUUUACCUGCACCGCAGAUCAACAAACACUCGCCCAAAUACACCUGUGUGUGUCCGGACGGGCUGGAGCUGGCGGCCGACGGCCUGCGCUGCCGACCAGAUGAGUCUUUUCAUGCUGCAGUGUGGACUGGGAACCUGACAGCUGAAUUCACUGCUCUUACUCUCCUAAUUGGACUCAAACUGUACAGCCAGACACUUCUGUUUGCAAAGUCCUGGAACAUCUCCCUGACAACUCCGGGCUCCACCGUCCUCAAUGAAACGCUGCCUCAGCCCAUUACCAAAGGUCCCUCAAAGGAUGAUGGGAAAGCUGUCAAACAGCCGCCCACAGAAGCCAAUGUGAGCACGUCCAUCCAGGUGGAUUCCACGGCCAGAGGUUCUGUCGCUGCCUGGGCCAUUUUACCAGUGUUGUUGUUGGCCAUGGCUGCUGCUGGUUCUUACCUGAUGUGGAGGAACUGGCAGCUGAAGAACCAGAAGAGCAUGAACUUCGACAACCCCGUCUACCUGAAAACCACAGAAGAAGACCUGAACAUCGACAUCACCCGGCACGGCGCCAACGUGGGACACACCUACCCGGCGAUUUCGAUAGUGAGCACAGAUGACGAUUUAUCCUGAUCGUACUCGCUGCUUUUUUUGUUUUGUUUUUUCUUCUUCCCCGUACGGCAGCCCGUAGAGCGGCGUGGUGUGGCCCCUGGUUUCCAUGCCGACGGUUGCCGUAGCAGCAGCAGCCCUUACAGUCCAACCUACAUGCCUUCUGAAGUGCAUUACCUGUGGCCGGGACCGACCGGAGGAAGUCUUAUUUAUUAUGA